AGCAUGAGCUUGUUACGUGGUGGUUAUCCUCUCACUGGACAGUGUCCCGUUCUUUUCACGCCUGAUUUUAAGCAUUUUCUGUGCUGCUGCGACCGUUCCAUCUGCGUCUACAAUUGCACAACCGGCGCUAACGUCUCUCGACUCGAUCACCACACAGAAUCGGUCACGUGGCUCUGUCUCAACCCUUUGAACGCCUUCCAGGCAAUCUCAUGCGGCCGCGACGGUCUAAUCGCCUUCUGGGAUUUCUCCGACGGCGCUCUGAUGAAAGACAUUCGUGUUGACCGCGCAGUUCAUUUCAUCUCCGCAACUUCGAAUUCAUCGAGUCAGUCGGACAAGCCCACACUCUGGUACGUCUGUAGUGCGGACGAAACGAGCUCAAAGGGCAACGACAGACCUAGAGAUCGACGUAUUUUGUACGAAAUCGACCUGAAGAGGAUGUCUAGUGCAAGAACAAGGAGAAUUUCCUCUUCCCAUUGUGUAUACGUCACUGAGUUUCGGGCGUUAUCCGGGCAUUAUUGUACCGAUUCGAGUGGUCGGUAUGUUGUUGCAUGCAAGGACGACCGCAUACAGAUCUGGGAUGCUGUCAGUGAGGAGAUGUUUCAAUACGAUCACAACUAUGCGGUCACUGCUGUUGUGUUUCAUCCACAAGACGUGUGCUUGGCGACUGGUGAUCAAAAGGGUGUAGUGACUCUGUGGUAUCGGCUGUGUCAGUCAAACGGCUGUCAUCCGGCCAAGGUAUUGUUGCACUGGCAUGCUCAUGCUGUGGGAGGAAUCUGUUUCAAUUACGACGGAUCCUAUUUGUACAGUGGAGGAGAAGAGGCGGUGCUGGUUGUGUGGCAGGUGGAGACAAGGAAGACCAGAUUUGUGCCUCGAUUGGGUUCAGCAAUAUGGCACGUUUCAUGCAGUCAAAAUUCAAGAUACAUUGCGUUGUAUCACGUGGAUAACAUUAUUCAAUUGGUAUCCGGCUAUCAGCUGGAAGUCGAAAGGAUGGUUGGCGGUCUGAUCAAGACGACAGGAUUGGAGGGAUCGCAGUAUGUUAGUACCAUUCCUACCGGUCUCACUGUCGAACCGCUGAACAACCUUCUGGUGACUAACAGUUGUCCAGGGCAACUCCAGUUUUACUCCUUGUGGACUGAUCAGCACAUUGGCACUAUAGACGUUACAGGACAGAAUUACGUCUCACGGAGAGAAAGCGAGCCGUUUGUGUAUAUGCAUGUCACACAUGUGGCUUUCUCUGAUUGCAAGUGUUGGAUGGCGACUGUUGAGCACAGAGACGAUAAAGAAGUUGCAAUGGAGCUAACUCUAAAAUUUUGGUGGUUCAGCGAAGAAACACAAACGUAUGAUGUAAACACCAGCGUCGAACUACCGCAUCAGAAACAGGUCACACAACUUUUGUUUCGGCCGCAGAAAGACAGUACCUCAACAGCGAUGUGUGUCUCUAUGAGCACUGACGGCAAGUUGAAGUUCUGGUCUCUAGUCACUGAGGAAUCACUCGAAGGUAAAAUGCUAGAGUGGUGGAAUUGCCAAGCCGUUACGUGCUAUCACGAUUUGCCUGCCUUCGAUGCAUCGUUUUCGGAGGAUGGGAGUUUGCUUGCUGUGACGUUUGGACGUACGGUGACAAUAUGGAAUUCCGGUACUUGUAUGUUGCAGAACACUCUGUCUUGCCCGAUCAAGGAGGAGCAGAUAAUGAAGGUUCUGUUCGGCCGUGAUGUGGCAUCACACUGUUUGGUCACUGCUUCUCAACAUCACUUGAUGACCUGGAACAUGCUCACAUGUGCUGUUUUAUGGUCCGUUAGUAUGAGCAUUGACGUCAUUAUAAGCUGCCCGUUUAGCAGGUUUUGUGCUGCAUUUACAUCUAGUGGGUUGAAUCAGAUGAUUGUCGUGUUUGAUCCAAAGAGCGUAAAACCGGUAGCUGUUUAUGAUCACGUCGGUGAGAACAAGAUAGAGGCUGCAACUUUUGUACCUCAAGCUCCUUACAUUGCAAAGCAGUUGACUGGUUUAUUGACCGAAAGGGAUGAGUGGCGUUUGCAGUCAGAGUUGCUUUGGAUGGACAAUAAGCAAAUGAUGUACUCUCUGCAGUGGCCUGAAGGGAUUGAAGCAGGACAACUGGAUGACUUCGACACAACCAUUUCUAGUGAAGAAACGAUGACCGCAUUUUCAGCAAUAUUUUCUGUACGAAAACAGAUUAAUAACACAACAACAGCUCCGGUCGGUGUUCGAAUGGAUGUGGCUACUCAAACUGCAGAUUUACGAAUGAAGAUGCUGAGUGGACCUGCGCAUACCCUUCCAUCCGUAUCCUCAAUUUCCUUGAAGUUCUUGCAGUCGUUCCUUCCUAAAUCCUCUCAACUUGAUGAGGAAGAUGUGGCUAUGGAAGGUGCAGAAAGCAAGGAAAUUAAACCAGAAUCAAAUAUCUCUCCUACUGACAGUGAAGAUGAUGCUAUUGUAGACAAGAUCGAGUCUCAUGAGGUGGCUGACUCCAGUAAUGCAGCUAACCAAAUUGUUUCUCCAGGAGUAUCAUCACUACACAGCAGUCAGGUGGGAGACUUUAGCUGGUUGGCCAAUUUUUUUCUGGCCGGUGAUGUGGAGUAAGACGAAGAACAAACAUGUUCUACAUACUGAUUUCGUUUUAGCAUUUUU